AGAGAGAGAGAGCCCAUUCACUUCAACCACAGCUGACAAAAAGACCCUCCAAAGUGCAGCGCAGGAUUUCGGAAGAUGACUUCAUUGCAGGCUGGACGAAGAGCUCUCUCCCUUUCUGCCAAUGUGAGAAUGGUCUCCACCGCUUUUAUAAAGAACACAGGUUGCACUGGUAUCCUGUGGCUCCUCGUAUUAGGAAUAGUCCUGCCAUCAGUAUUAGUGUCAGGUGAGAGCACUACUUCAUUGGCAUCCUCCACUUCCUCCAAUACUGCCACCACAUCAGCCACUGCAGCCCCCAGCAGCCCUACCCAGCCCCCCACCACUGUAACCACAGGGUCUGCCACCACCACCAUGGCUGCCACAACCAUCUCUGGAAGCACAGCAACCAGCAACACCCAGGCUUCAACUUCUCCCACUUCCAUGGGCGCAACCACCAUCCAGUCCUCUACAAUGACCAGCAGCAACACAGCCACCACAGCCAUGAGUACCAGCCAGGCUCCUACAACCACCAUCUCCUCUGGAAGCACAGGAACAGCUACCACCCAGUCCAUGUCCACCAGUUCAGGAGGUACAGCAAUGACCAGCACCACGCAGUCUAUCACAACCACAGCCACCCCUGGAGGCACAGCAUCCAUCACUUCCACACAGUCCCCCACAGCCACAAGCACCUCUGCAGGCAUGGUCACUACCAUGACGCAGUCCCCCACAACCACCUCUGGAGGCAUAGUCACCACCACCACACCAUCCCCCGCAAGCACCUCCGGAGGCUCAGCAUCAAGCGCUUCCACUCAGCCACCCACAACCACAAGCACCUCUGGAGGCAUAGUCACCACCACACCAUCCCCCACCAGCACCUCCGGAGGGUCAGCAUCAACCGCUUCCACUCAGCCACCCACAACCACAAGCACCUCUGGAGGCACAGCAUCCAUCACUCCCACACAGUCCCCCACAGCCACAAGCAACUCUGGAGGCAUAGCCACCGCAACCACACAGUCCCCCACAAGCACCUCCGGAGGCACAGCAUCAACCACUUCCACUCAGCCACCCACAACCUCUACCACCUCUGGAGGCAUAUUCACCACAACCACACAGUCCCCCACAACCACAAGCACCUCUGGAGGCACAGUAAUCCCCACCCAGUCCCCCACAACCACCUCUGGAGGGUCAGCAACCACCACACAGUCUGGCAUCAGCACAACAGCCACUGCAUCUUCAACACCUUCUAAUCCAAUCAGUGCUACUAAUUCAGGAACCGCUUCUGCCCCCUCUACAGUUGCUUCAACAGCCAGGACCCAGUCCACCAUCUCCUCUAUGACUUCAGGCUCUGGUUCCUCAACCUCAAUGAUGUCAACCAAUCAGACAUCAAACUCCACGGGUGGUAUGAAUGGAACCACUACAACAAAUAAUACUUCAAUGAGCAUGAUAUCUUGCCCUUCAUUCACCUGUAACUACUCGGACUGCUACACAAUGUACAACAAUGAGAACACAUCAUGCACUACUGGUGGCUAUUGUCAGCUGAUAAGACAGACGGACAUGUGCUACACUGUUGGCUGCAGCGCCUCAUGCGUUGAUAGGUGUGUCAACGCCUCUCAGAGUAACUGCUCUGUGAGCUGCUGCAAUUCUACUGGCUGCCUCAAUGGCAGUUUUGCAUCUAUGAUGAUGACAACAACCACAGUGAUUUCAACAAUGACGACGACAACAACACAAGCAACAACAACAACAACAACAACCACAACGUCUCCUAAAACAGAUGCCACCAGUGCAACCUCAGCAAACAAUGGGAAAAAAUGCCAUAAAGGUAAAUGCAACGGUACAACUUGCUAUAAAAGUUUUGGAUCUUUGGAAACAUGCACUUCUUCACAGCCACACUGUCAGCUGAAAAAGGAGACCAUAAAUUCCAUCCUUCAGUGGACAGCAGGUUGCACCACCAACUGUUCUGGCCAAACCACAUGCAAGACCGGUACAACACAAGCUUCAUGUCAUCUGGAAUGCUGCAAUGCCACUGUGACCUCCUGCCUAUGGUUGAAUGGCACGCUGAAUGUCCCCUCUUUUGCCACAAGAGGUCCUCAUCUUAGCACAGAAUCAAUUGCUUCCUUACUUUGCCUGCUCGCCAUCACCUUGCUGCUUUGAGUGCCUAAGUACUAGCUUGCUCAGCUGCUGUGUGGAUCAUUAAGGUAACCAGAGCUUCGUGUAACUCCCAGUGACUCCGGUAAAGUUGACACUAUUUCAUUUACACCCAUUUAUCUCUCUUAUAUUUGUAUGUGAUUGUACUGUAUAUAUGUAUGGAAUUAUGUAAAGCCUCAGUUACAAUGUUUGUUUCUUGUUUUAUUAAAACUUUAUCUCUUGUUCAAGACCAAUGAAAAUGGCUUUGAACUGUAUUUCUGAAUGGAAACGAAAUUUUUCAAAAAAGCAACCC